GCUGCUCCUCUGGGUGCCUAUUGGAGAAUAAUAGUGUAAGUGACAAGCUAGAAGUAGACUUUCUGCUCUUCACACUGGAUAGAAAAGCUGCCUUUUUUUUUUUUCUUUUUUUCUUUUUCUUUUUUUUUUUUUUUUAAUAACCCCCUUUCUCACUUGCUCCUGUACGCAUUGGUUUUAUUUUUGAAAGGAUAGCUAGACUUAAGUCCCCCUUCACCUCCAUUUAAACCUGCUACUUUAUUUUUUUAAUCUAUUAUUGUUAUUAUUAUGAAUUCCUCGUUUUGAGCGUUACACUUGUCUGAUCAAUUCGAUCUUCAGCUCCUUCUUCCGUUGCUAAACCUCGAAAACUGGCUCCCUCAAAAGAUAUUUAGUCUGUAUUUUUUGUCCAUUGCCGGUUUUGCUCAUGGCUACUCUGUUUCUCGCUAUCUAUUUUUGCCCCUCCCCGCCUAGAGGAAAAUAGCAACAAGAAAAAAAAAAAAAAAAGGAAAAAAAUAAGAGAAUAUUAGGGGAAGUAGUCCUCAGGUCUGCUGCCCCCCCUCUCCCCCUCUCCAAAAAGGGGGGGACCUAGAAAACAUCAGUCUCGAACUUCUUCCUCUUCAAGAGCUCGGGCUGCAAAGGAAACCUCCUUUGUUUUUGUAAUUUAUAUGCUGUCAAGUUUUGAAGUGGUCACAGGGAAAGCUUGGCCUGGAUUGGGAGAGCCAUAUGGAACGGAUAAGUGCGGAGCUUCUCUCAAAUGUGAUCUUUAGAGGCGGGACUGAGUAUGGAUCAUUUGAACGAGGCAACUCAGGGGAAAGAACAUUCAGAAAUGUCUAACAAUGUAAGCGAUCCGAAGGGUCCACCAGCCAAAAUUGCGCGCUUGGAACAGAAUGGGAGCCCAUUAGGAAGAGGAAGACUUGGAAGUACAGGAACUAAAAUGCAAGGAGUGCCUUUGAAACACUCUGGACACCUGAUGAAAACGAAUAUUAGAAAAGGAAGUAUGCUUCCAGUUUUCUGUGUAGUGGAACAUUAUGAAAAUGCCAUUGAGUAUGAUUCUAAGGAGGAGCAUGCAGAAUUUGUGUUGGUGAGAAAGGAUAUGCUUUUCAACCAACUGAUUGAAAUGGCAUUGCUAUCACUUGGCUAUUCUCACAGCUCUGCUGCCCAAGCAAAAGGGCUCAUCCAGGUUGGGAAGUGGAAUCCAGUUCCACUCUCCUAUGUGACAGAUGCCCCUGAUGCUACGGUAGCAGACAUGCUGCAAGAUGUGUAUCAUGUGGUCACACUGAAAAUCCAGUUACACAGUUGCCCUAAACUAGAAGACUUGCCUCCUGAACAAUGGUCUCACACAACAGUAAGAAAUGCUCUGAAGGACUUACUGAAGGAUAUGAACCAGAGUUCAUUGGCCAAGGAGUGUCCCCUUUCACAGAGUAUGAUUUCUUCCAUUGUGAACAGCACUUACUAUGCAAAUGUCUCAGCAGCAAAAUGUCAGGAAUUUGGAAGGUGGUAUAAACAUUUCAAGAAGGCAAAAGAUAUGAUGGUUGAGAUGGAUAGCCUUUCUGAACUAUCCCAGCAAGGUGCCAACCAUGUCAACUUCGGUCAGCAGCCAGUCCCAGGGAACACAGCCGAACAGCCUCCAUCCCCUGUUCAGCUUUCUCAUGGUAGUCAACCAUCAGUUCGGACCCCGCUUCCAAACCUGCACCCUGGACUUGUAUCUACUCCCAUUAGCCCUCAGCUGGUAAAUCAGCAGCUGGUAAUGGCCCAGUUGCUGAACCAGCAGUAUGCAGUGAACAGACUUCUAGCCCAGCAGUCCUUAAACCAACAGUACUUGAACCACCCUCCUCCUGUCAGUAGAUCCAUGAACAAGCCGUUGGAGCAGCAAGUCUCAACAAACACAGAGGUGUCUUCCGAAAUCUACCAGUGGGUCCGUGACGAACUGAAACGAGCAGGAAUCUCACAGGCAGUAUUUGCACGUGUGGCUUUUAACCGAACUCAGGGCUUGCUCUCAGAAAUCCUCCGAAAGGAAGAGGACCCCAAGACUGCCUCGCAGUCCUUACUGGUAAACCUUCGGGCUAUGCAGAACUUCUUGCAGCUGCCAGAAGCCGAACGAGAUCGAAUUUACCAGGACGAAAGGGAAAGGAGCUUGAACGCAGCCUCUGCGAUGGGCCCCGCGCCUCUCAUAAGCACACCGCCCAGCCGGCCUCCCCAAGUCAAAACUGCUACUAUUGCUACAGAGAGGAAUGGAAAAACAGAAAAUAAUUCCAUGAACAUUAAUGCUUCCAUUUACGAUGAGAUUCAGCAGGAAAUGAAGAGAGCUAAGGUGUCUCAAGCACUGUUUGCAAAGGUUGCGGCAACCAAAAGCCAGGGGUGGCUCUGUGAGCUGUUACGUUGGAAAGAAGAUCCCUCACCAGAGAACAGGACCCUCUGGGAGAAUCUCUCCAUGAUCCGAAGGUUCCUCAGUCUUCCUCAGCCUGAACGUGAUGCCAUUUAUGAACAAGAAAGCAAUGCAGUUCAUCACCAUGGUGACAGGCCUUCCCACAUUAUCCAUGUGCCAGCAGAACAGAUUCAGAGCCCCUCUCCCACCACCCAUGGGAAAGGAGAGCAUAGAGGCGCUUUCUUACCAGGCCUGCUGACCGCUGGACCUUGGCUGGGUGCUGCUCCGCAGCAGCAACAACAGCAGCAGCAACAACAGCAGCAGCAACAACAGCAGCAACCAGGUCCCAGACUACCCCCAAGGCAACCGACAGUAGCAUCACCAGCUGAAUCUGAGGAUGAAAAUCGUCAGAAACCCCGACCACGAACCAAGAUUUCUGUUGAAGCCCUAGGGAUCCUACAGAGUUUCAUACAAGACGUAGGCCUGUAUCCAGAUGAAGAAGCAAUCCAGACUCUCUCUGCUCAGCUUGAUCUGCCCAAGUACACCAUUAUCAAGUUCUUUCAGAACCAGCGAUAUUAUCUCAAGCACCACGGGAAGCUGAAGGACAAUUCUGGUUUGGAGGUGGAUGUUGCAGAGUAUAAGGAAGAAGAGUUGCUCAAGGAUUUAGAAGACAGCAUCCAAGACAAAAAUGCAAACACGCUUUUUUCAGUUAAACUAGAAGAAGAGUUAUCGGUAGAAGGGAACACAGAGAUUAAUGCUGAAUUGAAAGACUAAUCUAGAAGUAUUAUUUUCUUUCAACAGUGUCACUGGUAUUUACUAAUGAAAUGAAAAUUCCAUCUUGCGUUCUGUCAAAAACCUUUAUUAUUCAUUGUUUGGCCAAUGAAUCUUCCAAAACUUGCACAAAAGUUGAAAAAAGGAUAAUGCAGACUGCACUAGAUGUUUUACUCUGUUUUACAAACUGCUUUGCAGCAACAGAUGAAGCGUUGAGGAUUGUUUGAUAUUAAUUUGUGUUCACUGGAUACACUGUGAGUGUACCCAAUAAGCAUGAUGCCAGUGAUUUUGAUUCUGGAGCCUUCAGACAAGCAUUACAACUUUUGUGAUUUACUGUUUUUUGUUUCUGUUUUGUUCUUGGUUUUUUUUAAUUAUUACUGUAGCACUCCACACUUGAUCUUUGGAAACUCACAUUUAUUUAAAAAAAAUAAAAUAAAAAAGAGUUUGUUACUCUUGUUCUAUUGUAUGUUACAAAAGAACUAUAGACUGUGGAAUGCAGUUUAAAGAUAACAUAUGCCAACAAAUGCCUUGUAUUAUAUGGCACUGCCGUAAUUCAGAUUUGUUUUCUUUUGGAAAUAAAGGUCACUGUAUUUUUUUUCCAUUAUCAUUGUUACAUGGUUUUAAAGAAAAUGAAAAAGAAAAUGUGAAACACAAUUUAGUCCUCAUUAUUUAUUUGUAGAUCCUGCAGCAUCAUGUUGUAAUUAAUUUUUUUGGAAGUUUCCGUUAAAUGUAAUAUUGCUUCUCUUGUUAUCAUACAGAUUUUUUUUUUUCUAUUUAUAAAUGUAUUUUGAUGGGCAGUAAAACAAAGUGUCUUAAAAGUUUUAAAUAGAGAAAAUGUGCUUUACACAGUUGCCUAUAAAAAGUGCUCUAUGUUAUCCAAGCAAUUCAUAAUAUAAGCUUCACUCUUAUUGUUGUAUGCAAUUUUUACUAUCAUGCAAAUAAGCUUAGGUAAAUAAAACUAAUAGAUCACCUUAGAAACUUAUGCAAUUAAUGUGAAAAUAAUUGAUGUUUGCAAUGUGUCUUCCUUUGGUUUACAAUCAAUUUUAAAGCUACAGCUGUAUAAAUUUUCUGUAUAAAGGUGUAUUUCUUUUUUAUGAGUUUAUUGCUAUGAAAACACCAGUUAUUUUGUUACAGCUGGCUGUUUUUAUAAGUGUAUCACAAUUUUCUUUAUGCAGAAAUGUUCUGACUAGGAGUGGUUAUUGACUGUAACUACACAAUUAAAAUUGUUUGUAUGGUAUGA